AUGAGGCUGCGCACCCGACACUCUCCUCUGCUCCUGCUCCUCAUCCCUGGUCUCGUGGCCGGUCUCGCCGUCGAAACCAAGGACAAGAAUGGAGCCCAGGCAGUAGCCUCCAACGACAAGUCUGCUGAUCCUGCUGUCGGCUCGACCAUUAAGACACGAUAUGGCACCGAACACGCGCCCGUCGACGGCAAGGACGGCAUGCCCCAUCAAGGUCCGUGGGUUGACAAGAACGAUGGAGACAAGAAGACCGCCGACACCGACUCCAAGAAGGGCUUACCUCCCUUGAAGGGACGUCCGUCGGACCCGACUGUCAUCGACGGCCAGAAGAUUCCAGAGACCAACGAUGGUGUCAUGGACGACAAGGCUCGCCAGAAGCCUAAAGAGGGAACCACCGGCACCGGGGGAGGCGUCAGCGAGAAGGACAAGGCACGCAAGGCCGAGGAGGGCAGGACAGGUGGAAAGGUUGAUACCAGACCAGUAGCUCCCAAGGAGCAGCCUCCUCUGCCACACAGCGAGCAUGAGAAGGUUUUGACCGAUAAGGACUCUGGAAAGAAGGACACAAGCAAGGAUAAGGAUCACGACCACGAUCGGUACACACCCGAACAUGUCGCCGGGCUCGAGAAACCCGCAGAUCUCCCCGACAAGCUCGACGACAAGCCUAACCCGAUCCCCAACUCGGCGCACAAGGACCACCUGGACGUUACCAAGUCCAAGGGCAAGUCUUCCUCUUCAUCCGAGGUCGACGAGGGCGUGAUCCAGCCUUUCCACUCAUUCGUUCUGUCCUUGACCAUGAUCCUGGUCUCCGAGGUUGGCGACAAGACUUUCCUUGUCGCGGCGCUUAUGGCGAUGAAGCACGACCGCAUGGUGGUGUUCUCUGCUGCUUUUGGUGCGCUCUUGGUCAUGACUAUUCUCUCUGCGGUUCUCGGCCACGCGGUUCCGACGUUGAUUCCUAAGCACAUCACAAACUUCCUCGCGGCUGCUUUGUUCUUUGUCUUCGGCGCAAAGAUGCUUCGCGAGGGUCUGGCCAUGGAUCCCAAUGAAGGUGUUACCGCUGAGCUGCACGAGGUCGAACGAGAGCUCGCUGAGAAGGAGAAGGAGGGCAAGCGUCGUGGCUCUGCCGUGUCUCCCUAUGCGCUGGAAAUGGGUCUCAACGACAGGAAGUCUAGAUCCAAGAGCCGCUUCCCCUCUCCCCCUCGCUCACCGUCCACCUCUCCGGCCCGAAGCCUGUCUCCUGGCCCAGGUGGCAUCAAGGGCUCUCUCCAGGGUCUGAACAACCUCUUCUCCCUUCUCCUCAGCCCUGCUUGGGUCCAGACGUUCGUCAUGACCUUCCUCGGCGAGUGGGGUGAUCGCAGCCAGAUCGCGACGAUCGCCAUGGCCGCCGGCCAGGAUUACUGGUGGGUCAUUCUCGGUGCGAUGGUCGGCCACUGCGUCUGCACUGGUGCCGCAGUCAUUGGCGGUCGUGCUAUUGCAGGUCGUGUUUCCCUCAAAGUUGUUACCGUCGGUGGCGCCGUUGCCUUCCUCAUCUUCGGCUUCAUCUACUUCGUUGAAGCGUUCUACGCAUGA